AUCAAAUCAUUUAAUGAAGAUCGAAGCUUCUUUCUACCUUUAUCUCAUCCCAUGCAAUAUCUCUCUCUUACAAUGGAUUCUUUUGAAUUCUCAAAAAUGAAUCUCAUGCCCAAACCGCUAAUGUUGAAGGAUUAUCUUCUCCACGAUUUAAGCUCAUGUUCAUCUAAUGGAUUCCGAACAUAUCCCCGCCGCCGCCGCCACCGACAAUAUUGUUCCAAUACUACCGUUAAAUACAUCCUCCAAGACCAAGUUGAUCCAAACAAAUCUAAGCCGGCGUCGUCCGCUUUCCAACGCGCUUCCAAGACAGUUAUCAACGCCGUUAAGCUCCUCCCCUUCUCUACCCUUGUUCCUUUUUCAAAACGGAUCAAGAGUUCAAUCUUCACCAAACGAAGAAGCCGGUCACCGGAAAAAUCAUCGCCCGCCAAGGCAAAAGAAUCGGUUAAAGAUGAUGAUGAGAAGGAGCAGUCCAGUCCUGUUUCUGUGCUUGAUUUCCCCUUUAAUGAAGAUGACCAAGUUUCAUGGCCUUUUCGCCGCAAAUCUUCAACAAUUGAAGAAGGAGAUCUGUUACAAAAGCUUCCUGAAAAGUUCAAAAUUUUCAAUAGUUUUUACAAAUUGGAGCCAGUGGAUCUGGGAGAGCAAUUCGCAAAGAUUGAAAUUAACGAGGAAUUAUCCGAGACUUGUUUGAUGGAAUGCUCGAACGAAGGAUUGUUCUUGGGCUGUGAAAUGCAGAACAACAGAGAAAAUGGAGGGAAAUGGGAAGGAGAUAGAGAAGAGAUUGUAGAGAUGAUUGAAGCUCUGAUUUUAUCUACAUUGUUAGAUGAAUUAAUAUUGCUACUGCUCUGAAAAGAAAAAUCUGAAUUCUUUUCUCAGUGUAAUUUGAAACAAACCAUUAAGAGAAAAUGGAUUUCACUGGAAAAACACUUAAAUUAUACAAAAAGGCAUGUCAAUCCAUAAC